GACAGAGUGAGGAAAAAGAGAACGUUGAAAAAAGGAAAAACGGAGAGUAAAUUGCUCUAGUCAUGGACUUGCGCUCAGAACUGCUAAAGUCCAUUUGGUAUGCUUUUACGGCUCUGGAUGUGGAGAAGAGUGGUAAGGUGUCCAAGUCUCAACUCAAGGUGUUGUCGCAUAAUCUUUACACAGUUCUGGGUAUCCCACAUGACCCAGCAGCUCUUGAAGAGCACUUUAGAGAUGAUGAUGAUGGUCCAGUCUCCAGCCAAGGAUACAUGCCCUACCUCAAUAAAUACAUCCUGGAUAAGGUGGUGGAAGGAACAUUUGUUAAAGAGAACGUUGAUGAGCUCUGUUGGACGCUUACAGCCAAGAAGAACUAUCGGCCUGAGGGAAAGAGUGUUCUGCCUGGGACGGAUGCUUUUCGUAUGUGGUGUCUCUUCAUUUUUUUAUCAGAGGACAGAUACCCUCUGGUCAUCAUCCAAGAUGAGGUCGAAUAUUUACUCAAGAAGCUAUGCAUGGCCAUGUGCGUUGAGCUUAACUGUGUUGAACUGGAGGACUUUAUUUCCCAAGAUUCUGUUCAGCAGAAUGGCUUCACUGUAUGGGCCUUUCUGAAGAUGAUGAAUUCUGGAAAACUCACAAGAGGCCUUGCCAAAGAAACCAUCAGCAUGGCAAUAGAGGAGGUGUACAGGGAAAUCGUGGGCGAUGUGCUGAAAGAGGGAUAUCUGUGGAAGAAGGGUCAGUUAAGAAGAAACUGGACCGAACGUUGGUUCACAUUGAGACCCAGCACUUUAGUUUAUUUUGCCAGCGAGGACCGCAAGGACCGCAAAGGCAGCAUCCAGCUAGACGGAAACUGUUGUGUUGAGGUUCUUCCUGAUAGGGAUGGGAAGAGAUGCAUGUUUUGUCUGAAGACCCUCACCAAGACGUAUGAACUCAGCGCUUCUGACACCAAACAGAGGCAGGAGUGGACGACAGCUAUCCAGACAGCGAUCCGUCUGUAUGUAGAGGGUAAAAACUCUCUUCAUAAGGAUCUGAAGCUGAAGCGGCGCGAGCAGAGAGAACAGAGGGAGAAGAGACGGGAGGCAAAGGAGCAGGAGCUGCAGCGUCUGAGGGCUCUGCAGGAGGAGCGCGAACGGAAAAUGGCCGAGCUGGAACUCCUGAAGGAGGCGCAGAGGCAGGCGCAGGCGCUGCUGGAACAGGACGAGCAGCGGAGAAAACAACAGCACGAGCAGCUCCAGAACGCUCUGGAGGUCCAGCUCAAAGAGGCUGAAGAGGCCCGGGCGAGCAUGCAAGCCGAGAUGGUGCUGAAAGAAGCAGAAGCUGAGAGACAGAGAACACGAAUUAAAGAACUAGAGGCCAUGCAGCAGCGGCUGGAGGAGGCUUUACAACAGGAAAUCAAAGCCAGACAGGACGAAGAGGCCUUCCGCUACGCGCAGGCUCGGCUUCUUGCAGAGGAAGAGGAGAAGAUGACGGCCCUUAUGGCCCUCCGUGAGGAGCAGGAUGAGUACAUCCAGCGAGCCCAACGAGAAAAACUAGAGCUCAAACAGGAGAUGGAGUGUAAGUCACGAGCUCUGGACGAUGCACAAAUACAGCUGGAAGAGAUCAGAGCCAAUCGCCACAGAGUGGACCAGGACGUCGUGGAUGCCCAAAGGAAGCUUCGUCAGGCAAGCACCAACGUGAAACACUGGAACGUUCAAAUGAACAGAUUAAUGCAUCCGAUCGGGCCAGGAGAGAAAAAGUCUACUGGAGGAGGAUCUUUCUCCGGCUUUCGCAUCCCUUCACAGAAGGACCCUGGACUGCGUUUGAAGCAGAAAACCGAUGACCAGAAUGAAGAAAGCAAAGAGAACGUGGAAAACAUAUCAGGAUGUGAAGGCGACAGGCGUCUCUCACAAACCUCCAACGGAGACAUGGAAAUACCUUGACAACCUAAGACACACAUGAGAGAAAUGUAAAAAUCUCAAUGUAAAAAGGACUUUAAAUUGAAUAAGGCUGUUUUUUGGAAUGUGCCCAAGAUGCCUAGUAUGUUUAACACAAUAAUUGUAUGUUAAUAGGUUGUUGGUAACAGCAUAGUUUUGUACACAUCUUUUAAAAAGUAUUGUACUGUUGUGAUGGAAGAAUUGUGUGAUUUACACCCUAGCCGUUAUGUAGAUUGUUAGACUGAAUAAAUAUCUAAGUAUUUUUAUUAA